CUCAUUGCGCUGGAAAAUUGAAUGGAAUUGCUUGCUUCCUCCUGGUAAGGAAGAACGAUGGCAUCCAUAAUUUAUCGACCAUAUAGAAGAUAAAUCUACACGUUCUGACCUCGCUGCAAGCUCUUCUGAGACUCGCAAAGCUUCCGACGCUUGCUGGCCCUCUCUUGUUCUCAGCACUGGUACUACUGAACACCUAACUGCUUGAAAGUGGGACAGAAUACAUCCACAUACUGACCGCUCUUCUUGGGGAUCGCCAGCGAUGUGGGUCGCCUGCGCUGGCAAGUGAGCAGCUCGGCCGCCGGGCUCCGCGCCGUGGCGGCCGUCGAUAAUACAGCGGCAGAACUCACGGGCGUGGAAAGGCGCUAACUAGGCAGUUGUGUGGAGCGGCGCGGGAGACGUGCAGCCGGGCGCAGCAGCAGCAGUCCCCAACACCCACACGCGCGCGCGUGGCCUUUCCCCUCGGACCCGGCCCCCGCCCCUGAUUGCCAGCCAUGGCAAUCUCAGCCAUCUUCUUCCUUGACAUCAAGGGGCGCAUCAUCAUCUUCCGCGACUACCGCGGGGAUGUGUCGCCCAAGUACGCGGAGAAAUUUAUGUCCAAAAUCAACGAGAUGGAGGAGGCGGGCAAGCUCAGCCCCGUCAUCUACGACGAGGGCGUCACCUACCUGUACCUGCAGGUCUCGAACCUGUACCUGCUUGCCGUCACGCGCACCAACGUGAACGCCUGCUCCACGCUGGUGUUCCUCCAUCGGAUGGUGGAUGUGUUCAAGCACUACUUCCAGGAGCUGGAGGAGGAGUCACUGCGCGACAACUUUGUGAUUGUCUACGAGCUGCUGGAUGAGGUAAUGGAUUUCGGGUACCCGCAAUUCACGGAGGCGAAAAUCCUGGCCGAGUACAUCAAGACGGAUGCCUACAAGAUGGAGGUGGCGGUCAAGCCGCCCAUGGCCGUCACCAACGCCGUGUCGUGGCGCAUGGAGGGCAUCCGCCACAAGAAGAACGAGGUGUUCCUGGACGUGGUGGAGAGCGUCAACCUGCUGGUCAGCAGCUCGGGGCAGGUGGUGCUGUCGGAGGUGGUGGGCGUGCUCAAGAUGCGCACCUACCUGUCCGGCAUGCCCGAGUGCAAGCUCGGCCUCAACGACAAGGUGCUGUUCGAGUCGCAGGGCCGCAGCAGCAAGCAAAAGUCCGUGGAGCUGGAGGACAUCAAGUUCCACCAGUGCGUGCGGCUCGCGCGCUUCGAGAACGACCGCACCAUCUCGUUCAUCCCGCCCGACGGCGCCUUUGACCUCAUGACCUACCGCAUCAGCCAGAACAUCAAGCCGCUCAUCAUGGUGGACUGCAUCGUGGAGCGGCCCAGCCGCUCGCGCACCGAGUACCUGGUCAAGGCGCGCAGCCAGUUCAAGGAGCGCAGCCAGGCCAACACCGUGGAGAUCAUGCUGCCGCUGCCGGCCGACGCCAUCUCGCCGUCCAUGAAGUGCUCGCAGGGUUCGGCCGCUUACGUGCCCGAGAAGAGCGCGCUGGUGUGGACCAUCAAGUCCUUCCCCGGCGGCAAGGAGUACACGCUGCGCUGCCACUUCGGUCUGCCCAGCGUGGAGGCGGAGGACGAGGGCAAGGGCAAGAUGCCGCCCAUCAAGGUCAAGUUCGAGAUCCCCUUCUUCACCGUGUCGGGCGUGCAGGUGCGCUACCUCAAGGUCAUUGAGAAGAGCGGCUACCAGGCGCUGCCCUGGGUGCGCUACAUCACCACCUCGGGCAACUACGAGAUCCGCAUGAUCUAGUGACACCUGGCGCUGACCGGUGGGCAGCGCAAUGGGGCUGAGGGAGGCCCCAGUCAGGCGGCCGGCGGCGCUGCGGUGUGGUGUAGGACCCGGCCAGGCAGCCGGCGGCGCCGUCGUGGGGCUGCAGAGUUGCGGCGGCGCUUGCGAAGGCGAGCGGCGGGCGGGCGCCCUGCAUGGGUCCAGGCCGGGCCGGGCCGUGGAGAGGAUGGCGAGGGUUGAGGGCGCGGCGGACGCCGUGUCGCGGCCGCGACGGUGCGCUGGUCCAGGGGGUUAGGAACAGGGCAGGCGCAGGCGCGCGACACGGCGCUGUGUGUGGUGAUCUUGCAUUGACUGCCAGCGGCACUGUGUCGCCGCUGUGGUGGAGGCAGAGGCGCAGACUGAGCGGCUAAUGAGCGUGAGCUGACCGGUCGGCGAGCUGGCAUAGCGCGGUGGCGAUGUGGCAGCUGCGGCGUGCUGCUGCUGCUUGUGCUGCGCGAUGUGCUUGCUGGUGUGAUAGGCGCAAUGGAGCGCGCACAAGCUGCUACUGAUGAGGCAGUGGCAGGCGGUUAGGGAGCAAGGGGAGCGGACUGGGAUGUUUGCUGACUGCUGAGCAUGUGUGAGGGUGGAGGAUAGGCGCGCGGAGUUCCUGCACUUGGGUAGUUGACCAUGCUGUCCUGCACGGAGCCAUCCCGUUGGGCAUGAGCCAGCAGCAGUACUGGUCUGGGCGGAGCCUGGUCGCUUGCUCGGGGGCGCUCAAUACGCCUAAGGGGCAAUGCCUACAGCCCAGUAAGGGUUGUGCCCGUGGCUGCGAUGGGACAGGUCAUGGCAGAGUCCUGCGACCGUGUGGUGCAACAACCCCAGCCCGUGGCUGUGGUGGGCAUGGUAGAAAGGUUUGCUGGCUUGUAAAAGGUAGAGUCG